AGAGAGGGAGAGAGAGAGAGAGAGAGAGAGAGAGAGACGCGCCCUAACGGAUUCUCCGGUACACGCUAGUUUUGGAUUGUCCACUCGCUCGCGCGUCUCAGAGCCGGUUUCAGCACUACAGUCAAUGGGAACAGCUCUCGUUUGGUUUGCCUCAGUUCCGUGAUAGACCCAAAAGACGCGUCGUGAUCUCUGCGUGUGUUAACGGGACUGAGUCUGCGGGAAAGUCGGACCGCAUGCUGGAGCUUCGGCUCGUUACGGACUCACUUGCGGACGCCGAAACUCGCACAACCGUGCGCCGGCUCUGACGCGUGAUGGCGGAGUGCGGGCGCAGGGCGCUGUCGCUGCUCGAAGCGGCCCGUUCGCGCUACGAGAGCUUGCAGAUUUCGGACGAUGUGUUCGGGGAGUCGGGCGACGACAGCAGCGAGAACCCGUUUUACAGCACCACCGGAGACUCCAACUCGGACAGCUGUGCGGAGGCGAGCGACAGAGCGAGCGGUGCAGGGGCCGGAGGCACACGCGCUCCUCCUCCCGGCUCGGCCUCUGCUGGACACGCGGAGCUGAAAGAAGGAGAAGAGGAGGACGGAUGGAAUGAUGCUUUACAGGACACAGACACCCCUCACUAUAAAGACACACACGGUCCCACACAGAAAAUGCCGGCCACUGCCACAGCCAUGGAUUUCUUCCAGCUCUUCGUACCUGACAAUGUUAUUCAGAACAUGGUGACUCAGACCAACAUGUAUGCUAAGAAGUUCCAGGAACGCUUUGGCAGUGACGAAGGCUGGACCAAUGUGACGCCGGCUGAGAUGAAAGCCUUCCUGGGCUUUGUGAUCUCCACCAGUGUUCACCGCUGUGAAUCUGUCCUGAGCAUCUGGAGCAGUGGCUUCUUCAGCAACCGCAGCAUAGCACUCAAAAUGAGCCAGGCACGCUUCGAGAAGAUCCUUAAAUACUUCCAUAUCGUGGCCUUCCGUUCAAGUCAAGGUGGUAACCAGGGCCUUUACAAGAUCCAGCCCUUCCUGGAUUCACUGCAGCAGAGCUUCGGCUGUGCCUUCCGGCCCUCACAAACACAGGUUCUGCAUGAACCCCUGAUUGAUGAGGACCCUGUGUUCAUCACCACAUGCACAGAGAGGGAGCUACGCAAGAGGAAGAAGAGGAAGUUCAGCCUGUGGGUACGACAGUGCAGCUCCACUGGAUUUAUCUGUCAGAUUUAUGUACAUCUGAAGGAGGGUCCCGGUCCAGAUGGACUCGACACACUGAAAAACAAACCACAGCUCCACAGUUUGGUGGCCAGGCAGCUCUGUCAGAACCUGUCUGGACGUAACGCCAUCAUUUUCACCGGCCCCAGCAUCACCAGUCUCAGCCUGUACCAGGAGUUUGAGAAUCAGGAUAUCUACUGCUGUGGGCUGCUAAGCACCAGGAAGAGCGACUGCACCGGUCUGCCUGCGUCCAUGCUGCGUAACCCUGAGGGCCCUCAGCAGCGCGGCCAGUCCCACAUCAAGAUGAAGGGCAAUAUGUCCCUCAUCAGCUGGUACAACAAGGGCAACUUCCGAUUUCUCUCCAAUGCCUACUCACCCAUCAAACGAGGUGUGAUCAUUAAGAGGAAAAGUGGAGAAAUCCAGUGUCCUCUGGCUGUGGAAGCUUUUGCCGCACACCUGAGCUACAUCUGCAAAUACGAUGACAAGUACAGCAAGUACUUCAUUUUCCACAAACCCAACAAGACGUGGCAGCAGGUCUUCUGGCUCACCAUCAGUAUCGCCAUCAACAACGCAUACAUCCUCUACAAGAUGUCUGACGCCUAUCACGUUAAACGUUACAGCCGUGUUCAGUUCGGUGAGAGGCUCGUGAAGGAGCUGCUGGACUUGGAUGACUGCUCACCUACAGAGUGAAGUGACCGCAUACUGUCUAACACACACAUACACGGCCAAUCAUCCAUAGACAGUGACAGCUACUCUGUGGCUGAUAGGCUUACGAUAAUGACGUUUCCACUCCUCCUAUCUGCGACAAAUCAAAGCCGUGCCAAGUGUAUUUAAAAUCCUCACACUCCACAGUCCCCACAAUACACCUCCCUCCUCCUGUCCACCACAGGCCCAUGUAUAUAAUCAUCCCACUGUCUGUGUGUCUUUCUGCUGCAUGAUGAAUGUGAGUGUACCACCAUGUAAAUGUGUAAUGAUUUUUAUGACGGUGUUUGUGUAGUCUGAACCCUGUGAUACACUGUUUUGUGGAUUUGCUCCUGUAGGUCUCGAGGACAACUUACAGCAAUGACAUAUAUAUUAAAAAAAGUACACACAGCGAUGAAUGUUCCUAAGCGGAAAUCAAAAAUGAAGUGACAUUUACAUUCGUUGAAAUGGAAGCGGCAAUGUCUUCCAAAAUAUCGUCAUUAAUUUAGCUUCACUUUGCUGUUACAGUUGAGUGCAAAAGUUUGUAUACCCUCAUGGGAUUUGUAUACCCUUCCUAUAACACAAGGAAGAUGAUUUAUAUGAUCAGAUGUAGCCCUGAUUUUAAUAUUUUACUCCCCAGAUUCUUUCUGAAAUAUCUCUCUUCUGUCUGCUGGAGUAAUUUGACUAGACUUUGUUUAUUCUUUGAAUAUAUCUGUUAAAAUAUUGUCACAGCUUUUAUUUAAAUCAGGUCUGAAGACUGAGACGGUCAUGUUGUGUCGUGAAGGUCAAAACUUAUUUUAAAACUGUAGUCUGUUUAUAUUUAACUUAUAUUUUCUAUACAACUUAAAUGUGUAGAGCUGCCAACAUUUAGAGUUAAGCCAAAGCGUUUAUUUGUUUUUUCCUUUUUUUUCUGUCCAUGGGAAAAAUUGUGAUCUCUCUGAUCAGUGAGAGAUGGAGGAAGUGCUUAUCGCUUGGGGGGAAAAAACAAAACAUCUUAUCUCUUUCUCUCUCUGCCUGCUGGGAUUUUCUUGUCAAUAAUUAUGGCACCUCUGAAUAUAUAUAUAUAUAUAU